AUGGUGGCCGAAACAAUGAGGAGAUCGCUUCAGAGCGACGGCGUGCAGCAGCUGUCCUUCGAGGGCCAGCUCGUGUUCGACAUCAACACCUUCUGGCUCGUGUUCGGGUCCAUGAUCGUCUUCUACAUGCAGGCCGGGUUCGCGCUGCUGGAGGCCGGGACGGUGCGCGUGAAGAACGUGAAGAACAUCCUGGUGAAGAACCUGAUGGACGCGUGCCUGUCCGCGCUGGUGUGGUGGGCGAUCGGGCACCCGCUCGCGUCGGGGCCGAACCCGUACCUGGACCCGACCCCGCUGUCGGGCGUGGGCAGGGCGUUUGGCGCCACCAACUUCUUCAUCGAGGACACGGCGGUGGCGGCGCUGCAGGACCCCGCGUCGGGGUCGUUCUACGCGUCGUGGCUGUUCUCGUGGUCGUUCGCGGCGACGUCGUCGACCAUCGUGUCCGGCGCGGUCGCGGAGCGGUGCCGCUUCAACGCCUACAUCCUCUACACGGUGCUCAUGACGGGCGUGAUCUACCCCGUCGGGGCCUUCUGGCACGCGCAGGGCUGGUUCAACGACGGCAUCAGGGACGGGUACAGCUUCAUCGACUUCGCCGGGUCCGGCACCGUGCACAUGGUGGGCGGCGUGGCCGCGCUGGUCGGGUCGUACUUCCUCGGGCCGCGCAGCGGGCGGUUCAAGGUCGACGGCACCGUCGUGCCCUUCGUGGCCAGCUCGAGCAUGCUCCAGGCGCUCGGCGUGCUCAUCCUCUGGUUCGCGUGGUACGGGUUCAACUGCGUGUCCACGGGCGCGCUCGUGGGCCUCGGGGGCGUCGCGGCGUACGUGGCGGUCAACACCACGCUGUCCGCGGCCGCGGGCGGCGUCUUCUCGCUCAUCAUCGCCAUCAUGGGCGGCAACGACGCGGAGCUGCCCCCCCUGCUCAACGGCGUGCUGUCGGGUCUGGUGGCCGUCACGGCGAGCGCGCACGCGGUCAAGACGUGGGCCGCGUUCGUCAUCGGCCUCGCGGCGGGCGGAAUCUACCAUCUCGGCGUGUGGGCGCUGCUGCGGCUGCGCAUCGACGACCCGCUGGACGCGGUGCCCGUGCACGGGUUCUGCGGCCUGUGGGGCGUGAUCGCGGCGGGCCUCUUCUCGACCCACACGCCGGGCAACAACACCGUGAAGGGCGCGUUCUACGGGGACGGCGCCCAGCUCGGGGUGCAGAUUGCGGGCGCGCUCGCGCUGCUGGCCUGGGUGGCCGUGUGCUGCAUCCUUCUCUUCGGGUUCCUGCGGAAGGUCAACCUCCUGCGCGUGCCGUACGAGGAGGAGGUCGCGGGCCUCGACAUGAAGCACGGCGGCCAGGCGUUCCGGCAGGUCGCCUCAAAGCAGCACGUAGCGUGA